AAACCUAUAAAUACUUAUUUUAAGGCAAUAGUCAAAUAAAAUGUCAAAUGAUUUAUAAAACUUAACGAAAACAGAGGUUUUAUUUUUACAUUUAGUUAUAUUUAAGACAUUUUAUGUACAAUUGAUUAAUACUGUGAAACGUUUGUUACAAUCAAUUGAAGUAAUGUCCGACAAACAGAUAGUUUUGGUUACCGGCGGUACUGGUCUUGUGGGUCGAGCUAUUGAAUCGGUUGUCAAUGAAAAUUGCGAUGAAUUGUCUUCAUAUAAGUUUGUGUUUAUUGGUUCCCAAGAGUCGGAUCUCUCAAAUUUAUAUGAAACUCGAGCCUUAUUUGAAAAGAUUAGACCCAAUUAUGUGAUACAUUUGGCCGCAAUGGUCGGCGGUCUCUUCCAUAACCAAAAUAACAAUCUUAUGUUUUUGCGGAUAAAUUUACAAAUCAAUGAUAAUGUUCUGUUGAUGUCUCACGAGAUGAAAGUAAAGAAAUGUAUAUCAUGUCUGUCGACUUGUAUUUUCCCGAACCAUACGACUUACCCGAUAGACGAGACAAUGAUUCAUUUGGGACCACCGCACGAUUCAAACUUUGGCUAUUCAUACGCCAAAAGGAUGAUUGAUGUCCUCAAUAAGGCAUACAAUAGUAGUGCCAAUAAUUCAACUCUGUUUACGGCAGUGGUUCCCACCAAUGUCUUCGGCAAGUAUGACAACUUCAACAUUGAACACUCGCACGUCAUUCCCGGCCUUAUUGUUAAAGCAUUUAAUGCCGUUAGAGAAGCCAAACAUAAAGGAGCUAACAGUGCAAAGCUAAUGGUCUACGGAAGCGGUACACCGAUGCGUCAGUUUAUAUAUUCAAAAGAUUUGGCAAAACUUAUUGUAUGGACUCUGAAGGUCUAUGAAGAAAGAGAACCAAUUAUAUUGAGUGUUGGCGAAGAAGAAGAGAUCAGUAUUGGAAAUGCGGCUCAAUUGGUGGCCAAUGCCUUCUCCGAUGAAAUCAAACUUGAACUCGAUUUUGAUAUUAAUUAUAGCGACGGACAAUACAAGAAAACAGCUAAUAAUGCAAAACUUCGCAAAUAUUUACCGAACUUUGAGUUCACGCCAAUAGAAAUCGGCAUUAAAGAGACCGUUCAAUGGUUUAAACAAAACUAUUUAGUCGCCAGAAAGUAAUAAUUUUAAUGAAUUUUCUCAAUACAUAUAUGAUCUGAAUUUUUACAAUAUAUUUGAUAAACAACAUAAAACAUGUGAUUUAUAAUUAUAUUUAAUAAAAUAUAUUUGUCUGAAUUUUAUCCGAUAUUUAAUUUAAUGAAUUGAAUCCCAACUUAUCUUAAAUCCAUUUCAGAGAAAUUUAAAAGAAUUGCAAUUUUAUAUUAAGAAUCGGAUUUUUCGUCUGAAAACUUC